CACCAUCAAAUUAGCCAAAAGCUCCCAAAAUCAUUAGUUACCAAUUUAAUUUGUUGUUGGCAAAAUAGAUUUGAGGACAAUUACAUUCAUAACAAAAUGCAUUACCGUUAGCCUUCUCAAACCCAGCUAUCUACGGUUCUGCAAAUCUAGCAAAGAAAAUCUCAAGAGCUUGUGCCAAUAACCCCAAUGACAUGCCAAUCUCCGCCUCUCAAGCAUGGAGCAAUAUUCUGCAAAACCAAUCCUUCGUAUGUUUAAUUAUCUUCUCUGCCUAUAAAUCAAUCAAAAGAGUUUUUUUUAGGUUACAUCGAAGAAGUAUCUGGAAGUCCAAUACUUCUCAAUUUCCUCUGUGUUCUUUCUGAAAUCCUCCCAGCAAUUAGAGACCACCUACAUAAUUGAUUUGUUUAACAAGAAGGUAAGUGAAAGCAUUGCCCAAAAAAUUUUAACUAACCAGUUAUCAAUUAUUGCAAAGCUUAUCAGUGGAGAGCAUGAGGGAGCUCUUGCAAUGAGUGAACCCAAUGCUGGAUCUGAUGUUGUUAGCAUGAAAUGCAAAGCUGAUCGCGUAGAUGGGGGCUAUGUUCCAAAUGGGAACAAGAUGUGGUGCAUAAAUGGUCCUGUUGCUCAGACAUUGAUUUACUACUUCCCAGAAGCUAGACAAACUUGGAUGCGAGGAAGCGAUACGUGUGAGCUUGUUUUUGAGAAUUGCUUUGUUCCAGAAGAAAAUGUGCUUGGACAGGAAGGAAAAGGUUUUCUCAUACUGUAAGCUUAUGUUUUCUUUUGGUUAUGUGAAGAUGUUUCAUCUCUUCUUCCUGCGAGUGCUCAUCAUUUGAGGCAUAGAAAGUUGUUAGGUAUCUUUUAUUAUAUUACUGUAACUACUAAAUCAGACCGGUUGCAACAGUCUGAACUAUUUAACAUAAAAGUUCAGUAUAGUUUCUUUAAGCGCCUGCAACCAACUUACUAUCCCCUAAGACUCCCAAUGCAAAUCCUGUAGUUUCAUUGA